AUGAAUUCCCUUACCUGUGUGUUGUUGAGCCUGCUGGUUGUGUUGGGUGCUGAGGCCGCUUACCUGACCAACUAUGACCAGCCGUUUGAUUUCAUCUGUCCGAGUGGUCAAGCCCUGAGCUACAUCGCCAGUGAGGACAACAACUUCUUCAAUGACCGGGUGUGGGAGUUCCGGUGUCGUAAGGUCGGGGCUACCCGAAACUGUGCUAAAAGUGGUGAGUCACAGUUACACCUGUUAACAUAUGCUAAAAGUGGCUACGUAAACGAGUUUGACCUACUUCUGGCCUACGUCUGCCCAGACGACUACAUCGUGACAGGCGUGGAGAGUUACAGCGAGAACUUCUUUGAGGACCGCAGGUUCAAGUUCCAGUGCUGCCAGCUGGAGGCGGAGUUCAGAGAGUGUUCCGUCACCGAUUUCCUAAACAAGUUCGAUGAGAAGUUCGCCUACACUGUCCCAGCUGGUUACGUGAUCCGUGGAGCGUUCAGCGCCCACAACGACGUGUACGAGGACAGGAUGUGGAAGCUGAACAUCUGCAAGGUGUAG